AUGGCGGUUCCUCUCGGCUUCUCUCCAGGUGCGAGCGACUUCCACCAGGCGGCCAGGCUAGUCAAGCUUGGCAGCAGUGCGCCCCUCCGGGCUGACAUCGUUGGCACUCAAUCUUCUUAUCGGCCUGAUGCGAGCCAAGGAGCUAAAUGGCUAGUAGCUUCCGGGCAUCGGCCAUUGGGGCCAGCGGUCCUUGCAAUCAAUGCGGCGGCUGCUGCGCUUGCCAUGCGGUCAAGGAGGCGGCCCCUGCGAUCGCUGCGCAACAAGGAUGCUUUAUCAUCCCAAGAGGGCGGUGAAAAGGCUGCCUUAUUAUGGUCGUCCAUCUGCCUCGUGGCAGUUUACAUCACUUGCGACGUGGGUGUGAACCUCUGCAGCGAGGCUGCUACGCAACGCUAUCAGAAGGCCAGCGCCGUGCUUGUCACCUCUUUUGUUUCUGCCAUCAUCGGUGCUGUCUGGGCACUGCGACGGGAUGGAAGAAGGGGCUUGUACCAGUGCGUGGCGUUGGAGAACGUCUUUUAUCGCGCCAACAUUUUUGCAUCUGUGCUUUUCGCGUGUUCCAGCAUCUCACUCCUAAAGGCCUUUGAGAAGCAGAGCGCUGCUUUCAUCAAGCUUGUGGGGCAGUUGAAGCUCCCACUGGCGGCCUACUUGGCACGGUAUGUUCUUGGCAGGAGGUACUCCACUGCCCUGAAGCUGAAUAUUUGGACAAUCUCUUGCGCUUGCGGGGCCAUCGUGGCUCUCCGCACCGACCUGGAUCUCUGGGGGGUCCUGAAAAAGCUGAAAUACAUCCUGUUCAUGGUCAUCAGCAACGUGGGUGCAAACCUGGCUGCGGAGAGCUCACUCAAGCGACCCAACGCCCUGCCAUUUCACGUGACGAUGACCAACAUGAGGAUCGGAGAAAUCAUCUGCACCCUCAUGUUCCUCUUCGUCUACAACGUUGUGCAGGGACUCCAAAAUGAGUCCUGCUUCUCUUGGAAUAUCUUCAGCGGAUGGGACAACACGACCUUCCUGGUCGUUUAUACUCAUGUGCUGGACACGUGGAUCACCGCUUUGAUGGUGAAAAGGCUGUCCUCUGUCCACAAGUAUGUUGUGAAGUGCUUUACCAUGGUUUUGCUUUUCGGCAUCACCUGGUACCGCGGAAAGAGGCACUGGACAAUGGCAGAGGGUUUGGUGGCGGCCAUGAUCGUUCUGCUCACGCUGCAGUUUGCCGCCUUGUCCCACGAGGAGAGCUCGACACAGCGGAAGCUCCGACACGAGCCUGAAUCGAGCAUCCGCGCUAGUCAAAAGAAGUUUGCCUUACGAUGUUGCUAG